AGUGAGUAAAUGGUGAGCGUUGUGGCAGGGCGUGCGUGUGUCAGGGCGUGGAAGAUACAGCAAGGCGUGGAUUUGUGUCCUCUAUAUAUAGUGGUCCCCUUGUAAAGAAAACGAGAAUUGGGUGUUCCUUCAUCCUGAUGCUGCCUGGAGCCUAACACUGUCAUGUCGUUCAUCUUCCUACUCCUCCUGGCCUACUGUGUGGCGGCUGGGUUGGCAGUGCGCCCCCCGAGGCUGGACGUGGGGCAGGAGGAGGUGAUAAGGACGUCGGAACAAACACACUUCACACUGCGCUGCGAGGGAGACAAACCACUCAAUUGGACAUGGACCAGCUUGCUUCCCGCAGAGUAUGCCGAGAUAGUGUCAGAGGAACAAGAUGAAGCUGCCUACCCUCACGUGUCCACUCUGACAGUCACCGAAACUGAGAGAGGAGACACUGGCUUCUACCGCUGCCACUACGACGCCUACAACAGCCUCAAGGGGGACUUUGACAAUGUAGCAAGCACCUAUCUCUAUGUCUAUGACGGAGAGCAUGACUUUGUGGAGUCGAGAGCAUUGAGCCACAAACCCGUGAGCACCAAUCAAAAGCUGGUGCUGGACUGCCGCACCACACUGCCCACUACAACGCUGCAGCUGAUGAAAGGAGCUGUUCCAAUGGACUUGUCGGACACACACAGAGUCCGCUGGGAUCCAAAGAUUGGCUUCACUCUGCUGAGCCUCACCGUUCAUGACACUGCCAUUUAUGAGUGUCGGUCUGAGUCAACUGAUGAAAAGCAACAAUAUUACGUCUUAGUGUCUCCAGCCACCUCAUCGCUGGACGACCCAAUCAUUGAUGAAUUCCCUGACCCACACUACACUAUUGGACAUCCUUUCUCCCUCAACUGCACGGUAGCCAAGGGACAGCUCCAACCCAUGCUGAGCUGGUCAUAUCCUAACACUGCUGCUGGUUAUGAUGAGUCAACCGUUGAUGAGGAGAAGAAAGUCACCAGCACCCUGCAUGUCCCGUCAGCAUCAAGGCAGGACUCUGGGGUGUAUACCUGCACUGCCACCGACACCACCCACGCCACCACCACCGACUCCAUCACCAUCGCUAUAAAAGACAAACUGGAGCCUUAUGUUCGCAUUGCCAGCAUGGACAAGAUCAGGGUGGAGGAGGGCAAUGAAACACAGAUCAAGUGGAGGGCUGAGGUGUCUUCCUACCCACCUGACCCAAUCAUUGUUUAUCGCGACUGGCACGGCAAUGUUCUGACGGAGAGUGAGAGGAUCAAGAUAUACAGCACUCCAAACUCCGCCUACCACUGGUUUGUUAUUCAGAACUUUACCGCGAGUGACUUUGGCCAGUACACUGUCACCGCCACCACCACCAACAAGGCCGCCUCCAGUAACGCGUCUGUGGUCUUCGAGAUACGCAGUGCCCCCAAGGUAGAGUUACAGAAUGUCGAACGGUAUGUGUGGCCGCAGACAAGGCUCCAGGUUGUCUGCCAUGUGCAAGGCUUCCCUCUCCCUUCCAUCCAGUGGGAAUUUCAGCCUUGUGUUGACGGGCUGUCUUGCUCCCCUUACGAAGCCAUUAAGGUUCAUGAAGGCUCCCUCAGCUAUCCUCAGCCAGGCAAUGUGGUCAAGUCCCUCUCCUCCCUCACUGCCAAGUCCUCAGGGUUCCUGCGGUGUGUGGCCAACAACACCCUGGGCUCCCACAACACCACUGGCCCUGUCACUGUCUCAGAUAUCGGGGGCCUUCAUGUUUUCAACCACACUGGUCUCCCCUCCGACAAGCUCACUAUAAUAGAAAAUGACCACUUUGUGCUGAGGUGUGGUGUCAACAAACUCCACUUCAAUAAUGUGACGCUGAAGACUCCGCCAGCAUUCCCGGGUCACGUGAAGGAAAAAGACACCAAAUAUUCAUUCGUACGAGAGGUGCAGUUGCUAUGGGUGACGAGGGCGGUGGAGGGGAGGUACGUCUGUGUUGCCGUGGCGAACGAGGGGAAUGGCACCGUGCAGAUGAAAAAAGUGACUGUCAGCGUUAGAGAUGAGGUAAAGGUGGAUUUCAAAGCAGAUUCCAACAUGGCCAGCAAUGAAACGUUGGAAGUAAAAACUGGUGAUGACUUGUUCCUCAACUGUACUGUCUAUGGAACACCAACGCCCACUGUUACCUGGAUGAAGGACAACAUGCCACUGACAAACACGUCCGACUUUUUUGACAACGAGAGGACGGUGCUCUCGGAUGACGGGCAGAGGAUAGAGGUGAGGCUGCUGCGGCGGGAGGACCAUGAGGGCGUGUACACCUGCCAUGCAAAGAACAGAGUCAACUUUGUCACAGGAAAGCUUCAGCUUACUUUUAUUUCUGACCGAGGCCUCACCACAACAGCCAAGAUAGGACUGGCGGUGGCAUUCAUCGGCAUUGCUAUCCUCAUCAUCACCGUCGUCAUUCUCUUCAAGCGAGUCAAGACUGAACGCAAGUUUAGAAAAUCCUUCCGAGCAAAUGAACUGUAUCUGUUUGAGAAGGGCAACAUUGGCCAGCUCAACCCGGACUGUUCUGCCGACGAGCAAGCUGAACUCCUCCCUUAUGGCCAGGAGUGGGAGGUGUCCAGAGAGCAGAUAUCCCUAGGCAAGCAGUUGGGUUCUGGUGCCUUUGGACGAGUGGUGAAGGCCAAGGUGACAGAUCUGGACGGCCCUGGCACCACCACCGUCGCCAUCAAGAUGUGCAAGAGCCAGGCGGAGCAGUCUCAGGUCCGCGCCCUUGCCCUGGAGCUCAAGAUAAUGAUUCACCUGGGAAAGCAUCUCAAUAUUGUUAAUCUCAUGGGGGCCAACACUGUCCACAUUGGGAAAGGAGAGCUGUGGAUCCUGGUGGAGUACUGUCGCUUUGGCAACCUCCUCGUGUUCAUGCAUCGCCAUCGCAGGAGCUUUGUUAACCAGAUUGACCCGACCACUGGCCACAUCGACACCACCAAGAUGACCCAAGACGCCGGCAGCCUCGUCUCACCGCUCUCUCCCGCUGGCAGCUGGCGCCAUGACACCUCCAGGGGCAGCACCAGUCACGAUAAUUUCUCAAUACCACACGGAACACCACAAGCACACAACCCCAUGUACAACACAAGCACCGGAGCGCAUUUCCUGUUUCCAAGCAAUGCGAACCCUACAGAAGCUGCCAGCUCGGAUGUUUCAGGAUCCUGCUGUGGGGAUCCGAAGAGCCCGGCCACCACCAUCAGUACUGCAAGUGACGGACGCACUCAGAACCUUUACUUCACGUCCACCUCUGGCUCCAGUGUCUCGCAGGCCCCACAUUCAGAGGAGGGGAUGCUGGACUCCCACGGCAAGGCAAUGGCACAUGAGGUGGGGAGUGUGCCGGGGGUCAACACUCCCUUCACCACCAGUCAUCUCGUGAGCUGGGCCUGGCAGGUGGCUCACGGCAUGGACUACCUCGCCAGCAGGAAGGUGCUACACGGUGACCUGGCUGCCCGUAACCUCCUCCUGGCUGAUGAUAAUGUGGUGAAGAUUAGCGACUUUGGUCUGUCCCGGGAUAUGUACAAGAAAGAUGUUUAUAUGAAGAAGUCGGAUGAUCUCAUGCCAAUUAAGUGGAUCUCAGUGGAGGCAAUAAGGGAUCGGAUCUUCAGUGUGCAGAGCGACGUGUGGGCGUUCGGCGUGACUCUCUGGGAACUGUUCUCUCUGGGCACCACUCCCUACCCUGGGAUAGAGGUCAACAAGGACUUCCUGCAGCUCCUGGAGGAUGGCUACAGGAUGGCUUGCCCUAAAUACGCUAACCAGGAUAUCUAUGACCUUCUGCUGGAGUGCUGGGACGCUGAACCCAUGGACAGACCCUCCUUUAUGGAAGCCCUCCAUCGCCUUGGCUCCCUCAUGCAGCCUGACGUCAGAGAGGAGUACCUCAACAUGAACGACCUGUACAUGAAGAUGAACGAGGAGCGGUUUAAGGAGCAGCCGGAUUACCUCAACAUGCUGACACCUCCUGACUACGAGAACAUGACCAAUAAGAUGCCGGAUGAUGACACCAAACCUCACUACGUCAACAUGGAGGUGGCAGGAGGUGGCAGAAAUGGCACAAGCACCAGCAGCCAGCACCAAGCCACCAUACAGUCCCCUGAGGUGGUUAGUUACUGCAACCUGAAUCUGCCUGAUAGCCUCGCCGUGCCACCUGCUCAGACCACCCCACACUACCUCCCCAUGGAUGCCACUAGACACUCCCCAAGCCCAAGACACUCCCCAAGCCCUGAGGAUGAUGUCUUCACCCCCGGCCCAGAUGAACGCACCAGGUUCACGUUUGCAAAGGACGGAGAUAAAUCGUCGCCAAAUAAAGAAGACAAAUUACCGUUUCUGCAAAACAACGAGGCAAGAGGGAAAAACUCGGUCUCAGAAAACGACAGUCUCAUCACGUAGCCCAUGGUGAAGCGAUGGUGAUGCUGGUGAUGAUAAUGCUAUGUUCCUCUCACCUCAUCGUCACCACACACUCAGUAUUGGAAUGUGGUGUAUGAAUAUUGUUUGUGAAAAUACGGGUGGUUGUAUUUUCAAAGUCCUUCAUCACUGUCAUCAUUCAUCACCGUACCUUUGUCAAUUUAUAGGAAAAGUUUGGUGAUUUUGUACAAAUAGACACUUAGUACUCUCUUGUCACUCAUCACUCAGUCACUCAGUCAUCACAGUCACCAUCCAUCACUCAUCACAUUUAUCACUCACCAUUUUCACCACUCAUCACAAUACACCAAAUGAUUAUAGUUUAGUAAGUCCUCAUCUCUAACCAAACCUUUAACACUUUCAGUACCACGACACAUUUCCAUAUUCAUGCUAGUGACUAUUUGGUGAUUUUAUACAACUUCAGAAAUUUAUGUGAGGGAUUAAAAUAGCGAAGACUGUGGCCAUUAAUCUUCUGACCUCCAUAGACCAUUCCUAAUAUCAAUAAAAUGGUCUAAUGAUACACAAACUCACAUUCUCAUAUGCAUUCUGGUGACUAUUUGGCCAUUUUAUACAGCCUCAGAUACUUAUGUGGGGGAUUAAAAUAGUGAAGACCUUGGCCAUUAAUCUUUCAACCUUCAUAGACCCUUCCUGAUAUCAAUAAAAUGGUUUCGUACAUAAAUCUCAAAGUUAAAAGCGUUUUGCAUUACUGAAUGGGGUUAAAACAGCUUGAGAAACUUAAACGGGGGAUUGAAUUAGUGAAGACUGUGGCCAUUAAUCUUCCGACCUCCAUAGACCCUUCCUAAUGUCAAUAAAAUGGUCUUGUACACAAAUCUCAAAGUAAAAAUGUGUCCCAGUACUGAAGGGGUAAAUUCCAGACACCAGUGAGAGGCAGGGGUGAGGUGGUGUGUGCUGUGGGGCCUUGGUGUGAAUGUGUAUGGCCUGCUGUGGUGCUCCUAAUCUCUUAUCAACUCCUGGCAAGGUUAAAAGUGUGAAUGAUUGGAUUACCUGCCUCUGUGCCUCCUACUGUCCUGCCUCUGUUUUUUUUUUUUUUUUUAUCUAAGUUAGCCUUGAAAUUAAUAGUGUUUUGUUUGUGACAAUUUUAUGUGUCAACUAUUCUCUGUGGAAAACUAUUUAAUGUCUAGGCUGUGUUUCUUUCUUUUUUCUUUUUUUUUUUUUUUUUAUCUUUUUUUCAUGUUUUCUGUUGUUGCUUGUAUCUAACGUCAUUAUUUUGUUGCUGUCUGUCUUCUCCUGUUCUGUUAUUUGUUUAUAUUGUUAAAUUUAUUCUCUCUCUCUCUCUCUCUCUCUCUCUCUCUGUUCCAGCAUGAAGGUUUAGUUUUUCCAGUCUCUGCAUAUAGUUAGAAUAUGCAAGCUGCAUAUUCUAACUGGGGUCUUAUUAAAGUGCAUAGUAUCUUCUUCAUCAUUCCUUCAUCUAGGUAGUGGAAUGCAAGACCAAUAUUUUGAAGCAUGUUAUAUGUUUUCCAAAAUAUCU